AUGAGCACUAGUUUCUUAUUAUUACGGAUAGCUACAUUAUUUGGAAAGGAAUGGGACAACACCUUGCACAUCCUGGUAUUUACCUCGGGCGUCCAUCUGGCAAGGUCCACCUCACUCGCGGCCAGUCCUCUUGUUGAAAAUGGCCAUGCCGAGUCUUGGUAUAGGAUCGAUGUUGCCCUAGCUUUGAUUGGCAGCAUUGAUGAGUACGCAGGGGCGACUUACACUGUUCUUUUUCUUUUUCAAAACCCACGCGCACAAUUGAUAUCAUGGAAUACCAUCUUUGCGCUCCAUAUCCCACCGAACCCUUCGUAUCUCCCCUCGCUUGGUCGUACGAGAAUUGCCAUGUGA